UCAAAACAAAACCUCAUCUCUCAGUCUCCAUAACUCUCCCACUCUAUUGUUCUCCAAAGCCACACAACACAAAUGGUGUCUCUCAAAUUAUCCUCUUUCACCCACCUUUUCUCCUCACCUUCAACAACCGCAAUUUCAUACCGUUCCCCAGUUAUUCUCCGACGCCACCACCCGUUCGCCGCUAGAUUCUCCGCCAAAAUCACUCCGGCGGAAACCAAAGACCGUGUGGACAACUCGAAGAACCGAGUCCCAGACCGAGUCAUCACGCCCAGGUCACAGGACUUCAAUGCUUGGUAUCUUGACAUCAUAGCCAACGCUGAACUAGCCGAUUACGGCCCGGUUCGCGGCACAAUGGUCAUUCGUCCCUACGGUUACGCCAUUUGGGAAUCCAUUCAGGACUAUUUGAAUGUGAAGUUCAAGGAGACUGGACAUAGUAACAUGUAUUUCCCACAGUUUAUUCCUUACUCAUUUAUAGAGAAAGAAGCAAGUCAUGUUGAGGGUUUCAGUCCUGAGUUAGCACUAGUGACAAUUGGGGGUGGAAAGGAACUUGAAGAGAAGCUCGUGGUCCGACCUACAAGUGAAACCAUUGUGAAUCACAUGUUUACUCAGUGGAUCCAUAGCUACCGUGAUCUUCCUCUCUUGAUUAAUCAGUGGGCAAAUGUCACAAGAUGGGAGAUGCGCACUAAACCAUUUGUGAGAACUCUUGAAUUUCUUUGGCAAGAAGGUCAUACUGCUCAUGCAACUCCAGAAGAGGCAGAAAAUGAGGCUAAACAAAUGAUUGACAUCUAUACCAGAUUUGCUUAUGAGCAAGCUGCAAUACCUGUUAUCACGGGUCGAAAAUCUAAAGUGGAAACAUUUGCCGGUGCUUGUAAGACCUAUACCAUUGAGGCAAUGAUGGGGGACAAAAAAGCAUUGCAAGCAGGAACGAGCCACAACCUCGGGCAAAACUUUUCCCGUGCCUUUGAAACACAGUUCACAGAUGAAAAUGGACAAAGGGAAUAUAUUUGGCAGACAUCUUGGGCAGUCAGUACUCGAUUUGUUGGAGGCAUCAUUAUGACACAUGGAGAUGAUGCUGGCCUAACGCUUCCUCCAAAAAUUGCACCCAUACAGGUGGUAAUUGUACCAAUUUGGAAGAAGGACGAUGAAAAAAUGGCAGUUCUUAAUGCAGCAGUGUCUGUAAAAGAAACUCUUCAAAGCUCUGGCGUUAAAGUUAAACUUGAUGAUUCAGAUCAAAGAACCCCUGGAUGGAAAUUCAAUUUCUGGGAAAUGAAGGGAGUUCCUCUUAGAAUUGAAAUCGGACCUCGUGACGUGUCUAGUGGAAGUGUGGUGAUAUCCAGGAGAGAUAUUCCUGGGAAGCAAGGGAAAGUGUUUGGAGUCUCUAUGGAGCCUUCAAUUUUGGAGGCGUAUGUUAAAGACAAGUUGGAUGAGAUACAGUCUUCUCUUUUGGAAAGGGCAAUUGCAUUUCGAGAUAGUAAUAUUGUAGAUGUGAACACAUAUGAUGAUCUUAAAGCUGCAAUAUCACAAGGCAAAUGGGCUAGGGGCCCUUGGUCUGCUAGCGAUGCAGACGAGUUAAAAGUAAAAGAGGAAACUGGAGCAACUAUCAGGUGUUUUCCUUUUGAACAGCCACAAGGGAGUAAAAGAUGCUUGAUGACUGGAGAUGCUGCUGAAGAAGUAGCUAUUUUUGCCAAAUCUUACUAACUCUGGAAGUCUAUUUAUUUUUUUUGUAACAUUCUAAUAGUAUGAUUUUUGAGCGGGUACAUGUUUUUUAUUUUUUUAUUUUUAUUUUUAUUUUUUUUUGCAUUCUUGCUAUUUUUAAAAAUUAAUUUCUUGUUAUCAUUUAGCCAAGAUGGAAAAAAGAGAUAUAUUUAUUCGGUGUAUAAGAAGAUUUUUGGUGAUUUUUCUA